AUGGGUGACUAUGAAAAGCGACCAUGUACUCAAUUACCAUUCUUGACACAAAAGCAAACAAGAUGGUUUGGUUCGUGCAUUUGUUCGACUUUUGUGGCAAUUUUUGUCGUAACCAUCAUCUCUUUGGUCUUUUUUCAACAUGACCCCGACCCGGAUCCGAUUCAAUUUUUUGGCGAAGAGCAAUUUAUUGAUCCAACACCUAUCCAACCAACGGUGAAGCUGCUAGAUUCUGAGCCAAAGAUUGGAGAAAUCAUUCAUAUUUAUGCAAAUAUUACUAAUUCAACUACAAGUGCUGAUUUUUGCAUUGCUCUGGUCAAAGCGGGCGACGAUCAGAAGAAUGUGCCAAUGAAAGUCUGUGUUCAAUUUGGAAACGUGAGUCGAAUACUUUAUACAGCGAUUUGGGACGGCCAGUUGAAAGCCAAUCAUUCAGGGCCAAAUCCGUUCACACCAGGAGACAAGCUCGAUCUUCGAAUUCGCUUUCUCGAUCAAUACAUUCAAUUCUUCGCCGCACAAGGAGAAGUCGGAAUUUUCGAGAAGAUUCCCGAAAUUCAUACGGCUAAAACCCUUUUGGUUCAAGGAGGAGUAACAGGUAUUCGAUUGAUCACAAAACGUGGUCAGAAAUACCCAAAUCCGAUGAAUGCUUCACUGGUUUUGAACUAUACAACUCGAAUGGAUCUGAUGGCAAGACCGUUGGCUAAAUUUGAGGGUGGGUUGUGGAACGAUUUGAUUGAAGGAACGAAUGGCACAAAACCAACUAACCUUCGAGUGAAACGAAAGGGCGGAGGUGGACAUAGUAGUGGAGGACAUGGAGGAAGGGGUGGAAGUGGAGCUCGUGGAGGACAUGGUGGUAGCCAUUCGGGGCACUCUUCUUUUCAUGGCGGAAGUUUCCACGCAACUUCAUCAUAUCAUUAUCAUUACUCAUAUUCAUCGUCGAGUUGUUGUUAUUAUGGAGGAGGGAGUCAUUCAAGUUCUCAUCCAGCUAGAGCAAAAUGGGGAUCGUAUCAAUACUCGCCUGUUUUUGGAGGCUACUACCAAUUACCUUCUUUCAACCUUUCCACAGCCAGCAAUCCUCACAUUUUCACUCCAUCUUCAUACAGCUAUCGACUAGUUAAUGGAACUUUCUAUGUUCCAAGUUAUGGACACGGAAAGGCUCUAUCGAAUCAUUCUGUUAUUGAUCACUCAAAGAUCCCUAGACCAAAGAGAUUCGAUAUUCUUUUCUCCAAAGACAACAUCAAUCCAGCAUUUACGCUCUCAUUCCGGUACACUGAAGAAACGGUUGUGUUGAAUACAUGGGCUGGUGCUUGGGACGAAGAAGAUAGGAGUCCGUCUAUGCCGAUCGAUGACUGGAGAAUAUUUGACCUGACAAUCACCAAUGAACAUGAUGGUCUCCACAUCUACAUCAAUCGAUAUCCAUUUGUUACAUUCACUCAUAAAAGCUCUCUUACAGAUUCACUGAAAUAUGUGAGAAUCGAUGGAGACAUUGAGAACGAUUCCACUCCCAAUCAUCCACUUGUUUAUGAUCUGAAAUCAUCACCGAAAGUUGGAGAAAUCAUUCACAUAUCAGCAAAAGGCACAAAUGCUUCUAUCACCUCAAACAAUUUUUGCGUCUCGUUGAUCAAAUCCGUUGAUGACGAGAAGAAUGUGCCGCUAAAAGUUUGUGUUCAAUUUGGAAAUAAAAGUCAAAUCGUCUAUACAGCUACUUGGUCUGGACAAAUGAAAGAGAAACAUUCAGGUCCAAAUCCAUUUACGUCAGGGGAAAUGUUAGAUCUUCGCUUUCGUUUUCUCAAGCAAUAUGUGCAAGUGUUUGCUGAUCGAGGAGAAAUCGGAAUCUUCGAGAAAAUCUCCGGCGUGCAUCAGGUUAAAACUCUUUUGAUUAAUGGUGGAGUGACUGAAGUGGAAUUGAUUACAAAGACUGGAGAUGUUUAUGGGAAUACAACAAACAUUCCAAUGGAUUUGGAUAAAGGAACACGGAUGGAUUUGAUGGCAAGACCGUUGAGUCAAUGUGGGAUAGUAAAGCUA